UCGCCCAGCGCUGUUUAAAAGUCCGAGCCGAGGAUUCGCCGCUCGGCCAGAGGAUGAGAGGAAAACAGGGACGGAUAUCCACUAAAACCAGCUGGAGACACGACCGGUCACGAACUGAUCACCUGUUCCCGUUGAAAGGUUUCUUAUAGCCAAAACAAUGGCCACCUCAUCCAGUGCCAGGCUCAGCAAACCUGUGAAGCAGCAGUACAUGGAGCUCCCACAGGGAGACAAGGUGCAGGCCAUGUACAUCUGGAUCGAUGGGACAGGCGAGGGACUCCGCUGCAAAACCAGGACUUUGGAUGAGGAACCCAAGACCAUCGAAGAACUCCCCGAGUGGAAUUUCGAUGGUUCUAGCACAUACCAGUCGGAAGGCUCCAACAGUGACAUGUAUCUCAUCCCAAAGGCCAUGUUCAGAGAUCCGUUCAGGAGGGACCCCAACAAGCUCAUUCUGUGCGAAGUGCUCAAGUACAACCGCAAACCUGCAGAAACCAACCUUCGCCAGACGUGUCAAAAGAUCAUGGCUAUGGUGGAGAACCAGCAUCCUUGGUUCGGAAUAGAGCAGGAGUACACAAUUUUGGGCAUAGAUGGUCAUCCUUUCGGCUGGCCCACAAACGGCUUCCCUGGACCACAAGGUCCAUACUACUGUGGAGUGGGCGCGGAUAAGGCCUUCGGAAGAGACGUCGUUGAGGCCCAUUACAGAGCCUGUCUAUAUGCUGGGGUUAAAAUCUGUGGCACCAAUGCUGAAGUUAUGCCCGCACAGUGGGAGUUCCAGGUGGGUCCUUGUGAGGGCAUCAGCAUGGGGGACCACCUUUGGAUGGCUCGCUUCAUCUUGCACAGGGUAUGUGAAGACUUCGGCGUUGUGGUCUCCCUCGACCCUAAACCCAUCCCAGGGAACUGGAACGGAGCAGGCUGCCACACCAACUUCAGCACAAAGGAGAUGCGAGAGGAGGGAGGCCUGAGGCACAUUGAGGAGGCCAUUGAGAAGCUGGGCAAGAGACACAAGUACCACAUUCGUGCCUACGACCCUAAAGGGGGACUGGACAACGCCAGACGUCUGACCGGUCACCAUGAAACCUCCAACAUCAACGACUUCUCUGCUGGAGUCGCUAACCGUGGUGCUAGCAUUCGUAUCCCACGUGCCGUAGGCCAAGAUAAGCGAGGCUACUUUGAAGACCGCCGUCCAUCGGCCAACUGCGACCCAUACGCUGUUACCGAAGCCCUUGUCCGUACGUGUCUGCUCGGUGAAGAGGGAGAGGAGCCUGUGGAGUACAAAUGAACUGUUCCAUGCCCCUCUUUUUAAUAGCUCAGUCUUUUUGGGGGUAGAAGUGCCAUGUGGGUUUUUUAUUUUAUUUUUUUGUACUGUAGCCUGUGGUUUUACUGGAGCCUUGUAUUUAGCUGACUGGUCAAUCUAAUACAAGAGAGGGACUAGAUGAAACUUCAUCUAGGAUAUAUAUAUAUAUAUAUAUAUAUAUAUAUAUAUAUAUAUAUAUAUAUAUAUUUUUUUUUUUUUUUGGGUCAGUUUGUCCCAAUUUUUAGUGUGCAUUGCCAGUUUUCCCAAUUUUAAGUUGCAGCAGACCCUAUAUUCCAGAUGCUGGCUGACAUCUAGUGAUUUCAAGAAGGAAGGCUGUGUAGAUUUCUUCUCCACCUGUAUAAUUAGGACUAGCUGUUUUUGUACAUGGACAUUUGUGAACCUCUACUUGAGCAUGCAAUGCAUUUUUAACAUGGUUUUUAUUAACUAAUCGAGUUUUAAUUACUUUAAGACUGUGCCAUUGCCAUGUUCUAGUCCAUUUUUGGAUUCAGAUCACUGGUUUGUAUUGAUUUUUCUGAAGGGGUCCAAGAUGCUUUUUUUUUUUUUUUUUUUUUUUAUGUAUUUGUAGAGCUUCCCUUGUGGAAAGUUCCCUUUUUUCCGUUCUUGCCUGAGGAAGUGUUUUGGUAUUCUAAACUUAGUGCUAGAUUUAUAACAGAAAAGAAAAUGGAUUAACUUCAUCACCAAUACAUUAAAAAGACUUGAUACUUCUACCAAA